GUCGAAUGGUUGCUCUUUGUUUUUCUCUCCUCCUCCACCUCCUCGUUGGUCGGUGGCUGAACCAGUGACGGGAUCGCCACCGCGGAGCUAAAAGGUUAAUCAUCUACAGGUCCCUUUCGAAGCCGGAGCAGACCCCUCGCCUCUCUUUGGUCUCUUCUUCUGUUUUCCUUCCAUGGGGUUGCUUUGCUUUCCAAGCCAUGGAGUGAACUCCAUCGUCUCGACCCUUACUGGCAUUAAUGAUCGUCACGGUUCUAACUCGCCGUUCGAACUCGGCAUGGGAGUGCGAGUGUGUAGAGCUAUAAUCUCAUCAAAAUCUCAUGAAAAAUUUAGCAAGGUUAGGAAAAGCAACCUUGUCAACCGACACAUCAGACAGGGGUAUAAGCAAGGUGUUGAAGGUAGUGUUUUAGAGGACAAAGAUUCUCAGAUGUUGGAGAAUGAUCUUCCACUGAAAUAUUCUACCGGUGAGGCUCAUCCACUCGGGGCAUCGGUAGUUGAUCGUGGAAUCAAUUUUGCUUUAUUUUCUCGGCAUGCAUCUUCAGUUACUCUCUGCUUAUCCAUCUCUGGGAGGGUUGAUGUUGGGAAACAGCCUGAAGGCAUGAUAGAAGUUCCAUUAGAUCCUCAAAUGAACAAAACUGGAGACAUAUGGCAUAUCUUUGUUGAGGGUUUGCCUGAUUUUGGGGUGCUUUAUGGAUAUCGUGUGGAUGGUCCUCAUCGAUGGGAUCAAGGUCAUCGAUUUGACAUUAAUAACAUUCUUCUAGAUCCAUAUGCAAAAUUCGUUUCGGGUCGCAAAAUUUUUGGAGAUGUCAAAGAAAGAAGGUCUAAAUUCCUUGGUACUUACGAUUUUCGUAAUUUACCAUUUGAUUGGGGUCCUGAUUACAAACUUCCAGAUAUACCCGAGACGGAUCUAGUUAUAUAUGAAAUGAACGUUCGCGCAUUUUCGGCUGAUGAGUCAAGCGGGCUCGAUCCAGAAAUUCGUGGCAGCUAUCUGGGUAUUAUAAAGAAGAUCCCACAUUUGUUGGAGCUUGGUGUUAAUGCUGUGGAAUUGUUGCCAGUUUUUGAGUUUGAUGAGCUGGAAUUUCAGAGGCGUCCAAAUCCUAGAGAUCACAUGAUCAACACAUGGGGGUAUUCCACAAUAAAUUUUUUUGCGCCAAUGAGCCGAUAUGCUAGCACAGGAGCUGGACCUUUGGCUGCAGCUCGAGAGUUCAAAGAAAUGGUCAAAGCUUUGCAUUGUGCUGGAAUAGAGGUCAUUUUGGAUGUAGUUUACAACCAUACUAACGAAGUAGAUUAUGCUAAGGACCCAUACACCACUUCAUUUCGUGGUAUUGAUAACAAGGUUUACUACAUGAUGGAUAUGCGAAAUAAUGCCAAAAUGCUUAAUUACUCUGGCUGUGGAAACACACUGAAUUGUAACCAUCCUGUGGUAAUGAACCUUAUACUGGACAGCUUGAGGCAUUGGGUUGAAGAAUAUCACGUGAAUGGAUUCCGCUUUGACCUUGCAAGCAUACUUUGCAGAGGCAUUGAUGGCGCACCCCUUAAUUCACCUCCACUAAUUAGGGCAAUUGCAAAGGAUGCUGUCUUAUCCAGAUGUAAAUUAAUUGCUGAACCAUGGGAUUGUGGUGGCCUGUACUUAGUAGGAAAGUUUCCGAAUUGGGAUAGGUGGGCUGAAUGGAAUGGCAAAUAUCGUGAUGAUGUUCGGAGAUUUGUUAAGGGUGACGUUGGCAUGAAGGGACCUUUUGCAACUCGUGUGUCAGGAUCCGCAGACUUGUAUCAGGUAAAUCGCCGCAAGCCUUAUCAUAGCAUCAAUUUUGUCAUCGCUCAUGAUGGUUUCACACUGUACGAUCUUGUUUCAUACAAUGUCAAGCAUAAUGAUGCUAAUGGUGAAGAUGGAAAGGAUGGAUGCAAUGAUAAUUUUAGUUGGAACUGUGGAUUUGAAGGUGAAACGGAUGAUAUUACUAUCAGAAAUCUGCGUGUGCGACAAAUGAAGAACUUCCAUGUUGCAUUAAUGAUCUCUCAGGGAACACCAAUGAUGUUCAUGGGUGAUGAAUAUGGGCAUACAAGAUAUGGAAAUAAUAAUAGUUACGGACACGACACUUCCAUCAAUCAUUUUCAAUGGGGAGAGUUAAAUGCAAAAAGAGACAAUCUUUUUCGAUUUUUCUCAGAGAUGAUUAAGUUCCGCCACACGCAUCCUAUACUAAAAUGUGAUCGAUUUCUUGAAAAGAAUGAUGUGAUAUGGCACGAGGACCACUGGGACAAUCCGGAAAGCAGAUGCCUAGCUUUCACGCUCCAUGAUGAUAAAUUCAGAGAUAUCUAUGUUGCUUUCAAUGCGCAUGACCACUACACUGAAAGUAAAGUUCCUUCACCACCAAAUGGGAGGCGUUGGUAUAGAGUGGUAGACACAAACUUUGGAUCCCCAGAAGAUUUUGUGGCUGAAGGAGUGCUGGUCAAUGGAUCUGUGUAUAGUAUGGCUCCAUAUUCUUCAAUUAUUCUUGAAGCAAAAGCCUGAGAUUAUUAGCACUGUAAAUUUUAUUCUGCAAAUUCAAGAACUAGUAUGGCUGUCUUACUGUGGAUGGAACUGAAUCUGUAAUUAAUAGAUUGUGGAUUUUGACUUUC